AUGUUCAUUUCGCGACGUGUUGUUGAUGAAAAAAAAGAGUCAGAUGAUACGGAUGCUGAUGCUAUAAUUUUUAACGAUCCACAAGGAGUUACAUUAUCAAAAUUUGCUCUCGGUGUCUCUGUGAUACUCUAUCUAUGUGCAAUGUCAUCACUAUUAUUUCUGUAUGAGUUAAUCAAGCCAACAUUUACCUGA